AUGGAUUGGAAGCUAGCGCAGAGAAAGAUUUUUAGGGCAGUUAAUCAAAGGUGGGAUUGCUUCCCUUUCAACGGAGGAAGGAAGAUUAGAGAGUCUGAAGUUCUUGUUACUAUCUUCUUCUCCGAUAUCCCAAACAGAAUUAAUGCCAAAGGUGUUUUUGAUCUUUUCGGUUGCCAUGGCGAUGUGGUGGAGGUGGUGAUACCACCUAGAAGGAACAAUCUGGGGAAAAGGUUUGGUUUCGCCCGCUUUGUUGGUGUGGAGGAGGCAAGACUGUUGGGGGUUAGGUUGGACAACAUUAUUAUCGACGGCAAGAAGAUACAUGCUAAUGUCCCUAGGUUCGAGAGGUCUAUUUCGAACCGAGGAAAUAGUAUGGCGAGGGGUAAGGUAGCGGAGGAGUCGGGUGUAAGGGCAAAGGAGUCUAGUGAGCCUGAGAAGGUGUCAGAGAGUAGAAACAACAACCAGGGUUAUCGUAAAGGGUGGAGUUUUGCAGAAGCUGUUGGAAAGGUGAAGGUAGUUUCUGAAGGGGUUGAGGUGCCGACCUCGCUUCCGACGCCGGUUCUGAAUUUUGUGUCAAAGGUGGAGGAUAAGGAAAGACUUAGAAAGGCUUACGUGGGGGUGGUACUCAAUCCAGGCUCGGCAUAUAAUAUUCAAACUCAUUUUGAGGUAGAAGGAGUUUUUUCGAUCAAGGUUUCACCCUUGGGGUCCAACUUAUGUUUGCUCGAAGAGACGGAGACGGGCUUCAUCAGGGAGUUAAUCGGCGAGGGACAAACGUGGUGGAAACAGUGGUUCAAAGAGGUUCGACCAUGGGAGGAGACAGGCGUAGAUCCAGAAAGGGUGGUUUGGUUCUGA